AUGGGUAAAUACGAUAUCCCUGCUUUCGUCGACUACAUUUUGAAUAGAACUAAUUCCAAUGAGCUCAUCUACGUUGGAUAUUCUCAGGGGGCCCGUUUACUUUUUAUUACAUGUUCCGAAACGGAAUACUGCAGCAAGAUUAAAUUAUUCAUAGGUUUGGCGCCGGCAGUGAGGCUGCUGUUCAGCAGGUCCUUACCGCUCAGACUGCUAGUAAAUUUUUAUAAUUUAAUAUUACCGUUACUGACCAGUCCCAUUGAGUUAGAGGUUCUACCUAAAGGUGGAUUUGUUCAGACAUUGGCUUCGAACAUUUGCAGGGACUUCACAGCCGCCACUACCAUUUGUAAGCUAGCUCUAAGUCUAAUCGAUUCCUACGACCCACUGUCCGUUACUACACAGACUGUGAGAGUGUCGUUUGGUCACACGCCCGCAGGAACAUCAGCUCGGAAUGUUGCAUUCUAUGCCCAGAACUACGUUUCAAAUUUUAACAAAUAUGACUACGGGUCAAGUAGAAAUCUAGCCAUCUACGGCAGCGCUCAGCCGCCACAAUAUGCGCUAAAUCGCACCACCAUACCAGUGGUACUAACAUAUGGUAGAAACGAUUAUCUAGUAGACCCUAAAGACGUGAUGUGGCUCGCCACUCAGCUACCGAAUGUGCUAGAAACUUACCAAGUAAGAAGACCAACGUGGAACCAUCUGGAUUACACUUAUAGCCAGUUCAUUCGGUUAGAGAUUUUUCUUAAAAUAAAUCAAUAUCUGCUACAAUACACUAACAGGGUGCGAACUAAUGGAUAG